AACUGCAGUAAAAAACAUGGCGGCCCCCAUGUCGACCAGGCUCGCGUUCGCGUCAAAAACCGCACAACUCGUGAGCUGUAAGACCCGGGUUCCACAAGUGGUCACCUGUGCAGGCUUGAAGCUAUGGAAAGUGCCUCCAACGUUCGAAGGGGUGGAAUUCCCGGAGGAGAGAAAGCUACGCAACCUUGAAAAGGUGCCAACGUACCCAUUUGGCGUACGGCCUCCGAAAAUGUUCAAGGACCUGGCCACCAUUCGUGGGGCUGAGCUUGUGCACAACCGCCUGCUAUACAACCAGUACGGCAUAAUUGCCUUGUCGGGUGCCUUCCUCCGUCCAGGUCACAUCGAUAUGAUUCGCCUAAACAUAAACAAGAAGCUCGACGUUUCUAGGAUGUUUGCCGUGUGGAGGAUUGACCCGCCAUGGAAGCCUAUUACCAAAAAGGGUCAGGGAAAAAGAAUGGGCAAAGGAAAAGGUGCCAUAGAUCACUAUGUGACACCCAUCAAAGCGGGGCGCAUCAUCAUCGAGAUGGGUGGCUAUGUGGAGUUCGAGGAAGUAAAGCCACUUUUAGAGCAGGUGUGUCACAAGCUUCCUGUGGAUGCUAUGCCAAUCACCAACGAACUGCUCGAAGAAAUUAAGCUUGAAGAGGAAGAGCUGGAGAGGAGGAACAUCAAUCCAUUUAGCAUUGAGCGAGUCAUAGACUACAAGAUGCACGACUCUGCUCGGUGGAUCAGCAAGUACGACAGGAAGUUCUACACGAAAUACGUGUGAUUGAUGUUAUAGGUAGUAUUUGAUUAUUGUACAGAACAGAGCUCAAUAAAAUACUGAAUGCUGUAGCACC